GUACAAUCCUCUGUUGGCCGUAUCCCUCCAACAAAGAGCUCUAUUUAUAGCCACCUAUUGGCACUCUGAAUUAUGCCCCCAACAACCUAGGCAACUAGAACCACCUCUCUCUCUCUGAGCUCUCUCUCUCUCUCUCUCUGCCUGAUAUUCAUGGCAAUGGCUAAGCUUCUCUGCAUGCUGGUUAUAGCACUUCUUGGCAUUUCCAUGGUUGCAACUCAGGCAAUGGCAAAAGAAGCCCAGUACCACUUGGAUGGUGGGCAAUAUGGACCUGGGAGUCUUAAGAGUUCUCAAUGCCCAUCACAAUGCUCAAGAAGAUGUAGUCAGACGCAGUACCACAAACCAUGCAUGUUCUUCUGCCAAAAAUGCUGUGCCAAGUGCCUCUGCGUCCCUCCAGGCUAUUACGGCAACAAAGCCGUCUGCCCUUGCUACAACAACUGGAAGACCAAGCGUGGAGGACCCAAAUGCCCUUAAUUAAAUCAACACUUUUGUCUUAAUUGUAUUCGUGUCAUCAACUUAAUGACCAGUUUUUUAUUCUUAUCUAUUUCGGUGCUCCACGGGCCCAGCUGUAAACCCCGUUUGAGAGCAUACUGUAACCAUAUUCAGUCAUUCUCAUUGUCAUGUAUGCCAGACUAUCUUAUGAAGAAUAAAUUCUGCAUUAGUUUAA